UUGCAGGAACUAAUGGGGAAACAACCUGGGGCCAAUGGAACAGCUGUUACUGAGUUCAUCCUGCUGGGUUUGGUGGAGACGCCAGGGCUACGACCAGUUGUCUUUGUACUCUUCCUCUUUGCCUACUUGGUCACUGUCGGGGGAAACCUCAGCAUCCUGGCAGCCAUCUUGGUGGAGCCCAAACUCCACACCCCCAUGUACUUCUUCCUGGGGAACCUGUCAGUGCUGGACAUUGGGUGCAUCACCGUCACCGUUCCCUCGAUGUUGGGUCGUCUCUUAUCCCACAAGCGCACAGUUCCCUAUGCAACCUGCCUCUCACAGCUCUUCUUCUUCCACCUCCUGGUUGGGGUGGACUGCUUCUUGUUGACAGCCAUGGCCUAUGACCGAUUCCUGGCCAUCUGCCGACCCCUCACCUACAGCACCCGCAUGAGCCAGACGGUCCAGAGGAUACUGGUGGCUGUGUCCUGGGCUUGUGCCUUCUCAAAUGCACUGACCCACACUGUAGCCAUAUCCACACUCAACUUCUGUGGUCCCAAUGUGAUCAACCACUUCUACUGUGACCUCCCGCAGCUCUUCCAGCUCUCCUGCUCCAGCACCCAGCUCAACGAGCUGCUGCUCUUUGGCGUGGGUUUCAUAAUGGCAGGUACCCCCCUGGCUCUUGUUGUCACCUCCUACAUCCAUGUGGCUGUUGCGGUUCUACGAAUUUGCUCAGCUGAGGGCAGGAAGAAAGCCUUCUCCACAUGUGGCUCCCAUCUCACUGUGGUUGCCAUAUUCUAUGGUUCAGGUAUCUUUAACUACAUGCGACUAGGUUCAGCCAAGCUUUCAGAUAAGGAUAAAGCUGUUGGAAUUUUUAACACUGUAGCCAAUCCCAUGCUGAAUCCAAUCAUCUACAGUCUCAGGAACCCUGACGUUCAGGGUGCCCUCUGGCGGGUGAUCAAGGGGAGGUGGUCACUGGCGUGA